AUGACAAGCAAAAUCAAGAAAUUUAUAGGAGUUCGAGUUCAUACAACCAAGAAAUAUCCGUCACACCAUCUCUCUAUCCUCCCCCACCUCUUAACCAACAUAAAUCAAAUUUACUGAGCCAAACUAAAGUCUGGUACACGCAUGCAAGAGCAAUAUUCCUAUGUCAAAGUAACAUGCAGUUACAUAAGCGAAGAUACGAGGGAUUGUUGGAAAACGCAGUGAGACUUUCCGAUACUGGUGGUCUAUUAGUGGAAAAGAAGAAGGCUGAGCAGAUCAAAGAGAGGUUCGAUAAACUUGAAGAUACCAUGAUUGGUUUGGUGCAAAAGUUGAGAAGAUUGACUGAUCAUGUUAAGAAAGACCUGUUGGGAGAGCAAUGA